AUGAAGUGCUGGCAGGGGUAUUCAGAUUGGUGCAUCACUGAAAUAUCACCAGUACAAAAAUCUGCUACAGUGCGCUCCAUCCUUAUCCCCUCCUUUUUGCCCUGGAUAAACUUCACCCUAUCUGACUAGGCUCUGUGUAAUUGCGUGGAUCUUCUGGAGGGAGCCACGGCUGCACCUAGUAUUCAUAGUUAUCCUUGUUGCAAGAUCAAAAAUCCAGCCCCUUGAUCCUUUCACUGCCUAUAUAAAGAGCAAACCAUGGGGGGAAAGGAGCAGGAGCAGAGGAGUAAUCCUUGUCUCAGUUCUUGAUCACCAUGUGUAGCUUCAGUUAGUUGUAUUGUGUUCCCUUCCUCCAAAAUCAUAACCUGGACACGCCCAAAUCCAUUAAUCAAGGCACUGAACACCUGCAGAUCCUCCACUUCACCGUGGCCAGAAAACGGAGAAGAGGGUGAAGUGACUGAAGAAAAGACAUCACCACCUUUGGAAUCUCAGGCAGAGACUUGGCUCUACUUCGACAUCUGCGAGUCCGAGCCUGACUCACCUACUAACAAAGGCAAGCCCCGGUGCAUGCAACCCCUUCCUUGUGUUUUUAAAUACUUUUCGCACACUUUAAGUCUAGUGAAAUGUGCAUUAAGUUUAUAGGAGUUGCUUGAAACCCUUUGAUGCAUUGCCUUCCUUGAUAUCCAUACCUGUUAUAGAUACUUCUUUGGAAGUAUCAAAAUUUGAUUUACAAAAAUGCUUAGCCCUGCUUAGAUCUUGUGGAUGGAAGUUGUCUUUUGCGUUAAGGCCUUGCUCAGGGGUUAUCCUGAGGAAAGAUGACUUCUACCUGCAAGAAUAUAUUUUCAUUGGGAGCAUGGUGGGAUCUUACUGCAAAGUUCCCUGUGAUGCUCUUUUCAUCCUAAGGAACAGAAACAAUCCUAAGGAUGGAAAUACAUAAAUCGAGACUUGGGCUAGGAACAGGUGAUGUUCUACCCAGGUUGAUUAAGGAUUGAAUGCGUAUGUAGGCUUGAUAGAGCAAGGACUAUCUUAGCUAGCCGCAUACCCUGGAAAUGGGACAGGGUAAGCUUUGCCUCGGGCAGACUAAGGCCAGAAUAAGAUAACACGAAAUGGGCGUGGAGCGGUGGCGGGAGUAGCGUGUACCCUCCGUGGCAAGAGGCUGGACGGUGGUGUAUCUGUGCUCUCGGUUUGCGUGAACCUGAUCUGGUCUUAAGAACCCUGGGGUCGAGUUGACAUAUGCAAGGAUUAAGUGCUACAUAUGUCGUGUGGUUAGAGAUCCUCAGCUGAGUAAAUCGAUUCGGAUCGCCGUUAUAUCCCCGGAGAGUGGAGACUUGAUCACUGCCCUACAACCUAAGUCAGGAUGUGAACUUCGUGAAUAAAAAUGAUGUUGUAUUGAUGAAAUGAUGAAAUUAGACUAGAGGCAAACAGAGUCUAUUAAUAUUUAAUCUGGCGUUAAAAUGUUGAAAGUAAGGACUCACUUUAGUAAGCUAUUUCUGCAAAAGUAUAUAAGUUGAUUCUUGCUAAAGCCUCUCCUUGAUUCCUAUUUAUCCAGCAUACCCUUGUGUGGGGGAUAGAUAUCCCCUGGGUCCACUAAAGAAGUAAAAGACCUCACGAAAGGCCCAAGGGCCCAAUAAUUCGUAAGGUCAUUCUUUCGUGGGCCUGGGGAAAGACAACCAACAAAGAAGAGAAGACAUGAGACUGGAUUGGUGCAAACCCGGACGGCCCACAACGUCGAACGAAUGAAUCGCAACAGAGACCCGACUUUCCCGCGCUGAAGCCCCCAUGCAACGGAGCCAUGCGAGGAUAAGUCGGCGAGGGUUACGUAGGGAUAAACUCAAGAGGUUCACUAUCUUUUAGCUACUUGUUGUUAUCAUAUCCACGUGUACUGCCCCACGGUCGAGUAUAUAAGGCCUAGGGGGCACCCCUUCAGAACGAUCGACCCUACUUUACUUAGCCACCCACGUAAACUCUCUGUGCCUUCAACCCAGAGAGUCCUCUUGUAACCACACUCGAACACUCAUCAGGACGUAGGGUGUUACGCAUCUCUAAGCGGCCCGAACCUGCAAAUCUUGUCCAUUGUCCCUCGUGCGAUCGGCACGAACCAUUUUGCUACAGUCGUCGACACCGUCCUACUCCUAAAAACACCUUGAGGGGCAACCCCGGGUGUGCGGUCGGACCCAAAACACUGACAGCUGGCGCGCCAGGUAGGGGUGUGUGUCGACGAUCCAAGCUAGCUCAAUGGCCGUCAUCUUCCACAGCAAGAUCACCGUGCGUCCCGGAUCUGUAUUCUGCUUCGGGACAAUCUCAUCUGUAGCGGAUGAAGGGGGAAUUCUACACCGCAUCGCAGAUCUGCCAGAAGAGAAGUUUCCUCCAACAAACUCCGAAAAUGCUGGAAAGACGCUACCUCCGGCUCUUCGGAAAAAGAUCGUCUCCGGGAAGGCUGGAGCUAGAAGCUCGCUGACCCGGAAGACUCCGCUGUCUACUUCCCCGACGAAAGAAUGGACACGGGUCGCGAGAAAGAAGGAGACCAGGGAAAGGCAAGUCGUUCUUCCCGUUCCUCCGGCCUCAAAGGAGAACGGAAAGAAAGUCGCCACGACAGCAGUACCAUUCUACCCCGACGUCCUCUUCAUCGGGAGAGUGGAGUCGCCCGCCGUCUCUGACGACGAACCGACCACGCCUGGAGAAGAACCACCUCAACGAGAAUCCCGCCGACGGAGGAACCGACGCAGGAACGUUCGACGACAUCACGAGGCCGGGGAACGGGAUCCGGAGCAGCCUGUCUCGCGAGACGAGGUCUCGGAGGUAGGAGAAACUCCGGAAGAACGCGUCUUCAGGGAACGAAGGAACUCCCGACGACGUGACCGCCGACGGAUUCAGGAGCAAGCCGAGCAAGAUGCAAGGCAACGCCGGGAGAAUCCGCUUUUCGGGCGCAACCUGAACCCCGACUUUGCCCGAGCUAUGAACACGCCGAGCGAAGUCGGAGGCGUACUAGCUCGGAUAGCUGACGGACUUCCUCGGACUCCCGACGCCGAGGGAUACCGACGCCUGUUCACUCAGGCGGCCAACCAUCUUCUGUCGCUCGCUCACCCGCCGAACGAUCUGCGACACGCCAUCAACAGUCGCCGAGACGCGCGAAGCUCUAUCAAUGCUUCGCGCGAACGACGGCAUGAAAACGAAAUUCGCCGUCGGGAGGAGUAUGACCGAGAUCAUGCCUUCCCGACUCAAAGCCAGGCCACCAGGACUGAGUCGGCAACAGCUUCAACUGGCGGUACCACCCGGGGACGGUCGAGGAAUCACCACCACCACUCCCCUCCCCGGGACAGACGACAUCCCCGACGACAGGAGGACACGUGCGGAGUAUCCGCUCUUACUCCGCGCCUUAGGGCCAUCCAAUGGCCUCCCAACUUCAAGGUAUCCAAUGUCGACAAAUAUGAACCUAAGCAAGAUCCAGGGGGUUGGUUAGCCGUCUACACCACCGCUGCUCGGGCUGCCGGAGCAUCCGAAGACGUCAUGACUGCGUAUCUGCCCAUCGUCCUUGGGCAAGAUGCGCUGCAGUGGCUACGACAUCUACCCCGACACUGCAUCGACGACUGGGGAGACUUCAGUCGACGCUUCAUCGCCAACUUCCAGUCCCUCUCCGACAAGCCAGCGCAACCAUGGGACCUCAAAUCCAUCAAGCGCCGAGGGGACGAGACUCUCCGGUCAUACCUCAAAAGGUUCCAGACCAUGAGAAACCGCAUCCCCGAGGUCACGGAGGCGGCCGUGAUCGAGGACUUCUACAGAGGAUCCAAUGACUCGGCUUUCGUCCGAGCCAUACUACAAAAGGCGCCGACUACCUCCGAGGAGCUGUUCCGGGAAGCCGACCUCUACAUCACCGCCGACGAGCGGGCCCAGGAUCUCAUCGGAGGAGCAAAGCCUGCACCGGCAGCACCACGACGCGACGCGAACCAGCCACCCGACAAACGCUGGGAGAAGAGGCCUCGUGAAGAAGUACACGCCGCCGGACCACCCGCCUCUCGCGCCCGAGGAGGGCCUCGUGGAGGCGAGCGCACGCUGGACGACAUCCUCGACGCCCAGUGCCCGUACCACAAGGACAUGCGCCAUACUCUCCGUAACUGCCGGGACUUCAAGCACUCCGUCGGGCACGGCCGACCCUUCCAACCUCUACCGCCUCCUCCGCCGAGGGGGGGACCAGAUGAACCACGACAGCCCCAUCAGCAGGAGGAGGGGGGAGGAGGAGCUUUCCCACGCGUUGACAGGGAGGUCAACGUCAUCUUCGGUGGACAUGGGUCGCAGGAGAACAAAAGACAACAAAAGCUCAACGACCGCCAGAUACUGGUGGCGACCACCGGCCCUCCCGCCCCGUACCGGUGGUCGGAGCACCCGAUCACUUUCACUCGGGAGGAUCAAUGGCUCAACUUCGACCAUCCAGGCAGAUACCCGCUCCUCGUCGAUCCGGUGAUCCGAGAGAGCCGGGUAAAGAAGGUGCUAGUGGACGGGGGGAGCAGCAUCAACGUCACCUUCCCCCGUACGCUCCAAGGCUUGGGAGUUCACCUCAAAGAGCUCCACGAGUCAGACACUCCUUUCUUCGGCAUCGUGCCGACGGAAGGGGAAUACCCGCUGGGCCACAUCUACAUGCCGGUCACCUUCGGGACUCCGGAGAACUACAGAACCGAGUUCCUGAGGUUCGAGGUGGCGAACUUCGACUGCGGGUACAACGCCAUCAUCGGGAGGCCGGGGCUGGCCAAAUUCAUGGCCAUUCCGCACUAUACAUACAUGAUACUGAAGAUGCCAGGACCGCAAGGAAUCAUAACUGUGCGCGCCGACUUCCAAGGCGCCGCAGAAUGUUUCCGAGUGGCCAUCCAAGCAGCCCUCACCACCAAGCCGUCAACGGUUCCUUCUACGCCGGCGAACUCUAAGCCUGAGGAAGACCUCGCCGUACCGGCAAACGAAGCUCAGGCCGUGACCUCUAUGCGGCCGACUGAAGAAACCAAGCGGAUCAACCUGGGGUUCGCUGAUGAGCGCAAGACGGCCAUCAUCAGCUCCAGUUUGAAUGACAAAUAGGAAAACGCGCUCGUCCAGUUCCUGCAAGAUAACCGAGACGUAUUCACAUGGCAACCUGCGGAUAUGCCGGGAGUCCCAAGAGAACUGGCCGAGCACAAAUUGAAGGUCUAUCCUCAGGCGAGGCCGAUCCGGCAAAAGCUACGUCGUUUCACGCCCGACAAGAGAGAGGCCAUUCGAGCCGAGUUAGCUCGCUUGGUCGCGGCUGGAUUUAUUAGAGAAGUAUUACACCCCGAGUGGUUAGCCAACCCUGUUCUUGUACUCAAAAAGAAUAAAGUGGAUUGGCGCAUGUGCGUCGACUAUACUGAUCUCAACAAACACUGUCUGAAGGAUCCCUUCGGGCUCCCGAGGAUAGAUCAAGUGGUGGAUUCCACCGCUGGAUGUUCUGUGCUGUCUUUCUUAGAUUGCUAUUCCGGGUAU